UUCAUUGGGGUUUGUUGGUAUCGGUUGCAGACGGAAGUUGUCUCCGCGUCGUAAAAGCGGAAUCGUGAAAUGGGCAGCGCUGAGGAGAGAGAAUGGGUCAAUGUUGCCAAUGAUCUUCUGACAAAAUGUAACAUUGAUCUGCAUGUUAAUAAUCUCUCCGACUGUGGAGCUAAAGUAUUUAUUCACCUUUAUGAGUCCAUACUGGGAGAAAGAGUGCCAGAUUUCAUAGCCAUACCUAGUUGCCAAGAAGAUGAUGCACAUAAUGUUCAGGCAAUAAUAGAUUCUUUGGCGUUGGACUACUUGCAGGUCAGCUUAUCACAUAUAACUGGUGAGAACAUCGUGAAAGGCAAUAAGGAGUCCAUUAAAAAUCUCUUGGAAAUAUUUGAUGGCUUGCUUGAAUACCUUACAGAAGAAAUCAGUGAGACUGCUUCUCAGGAUGGCGAUGUUCUUAACCUGAUGACGAAAGAUAAAGUCCAGAGUGCUUGUCUGGAAGAACAAGAAGAUGGCCAGGAGGCACCGGUUCCCUCCCUGAAGUUACCAUCAGCUGUGGGAUCUUCUCAUUCAUCAGAUAUAUUUGUUCCGUCCUGGGAGGUAGAUGGUUCAGAAUCUACAAGUGAGCUAAUUAAGCUUGGCGACACAGCUUAUUUGUUUUCUCUAAGAAAUGAAGAAUUGCCAGCAGCAAGAGAAAUACCAAAGAAGAAAAUGGAACCUGAAGGGCUUGCAGAAUUUAGAAAACCAUCAAGUGACAGAAGGGCUUUUGCCAGAGAAAUUCAAGGAACAGAAAAAUCUGCUGAGUUGCCUAGAGCGCAGUUGAGUCCCAGUGCGAAAAAGCUUGGGGAACCGAUUCGCCCAGCGAUUCCUUUGCAGCCACCUUAUCAGCCUUCAGUACCUAGACCCCCUUACCUAGCUGAAAGAGGCAAUGGGAUUUCAGACAGGCGUUCACCACCACCACCACCAGCAGCAGUACUACCACCGGAAAAACCUCAAGACCCUAUAUCCUCUGAUCCUGCAGCAUCCCCUGGGCAAGAGUCUGUGCCCCUUUCAGGUGGCACCCUUUCGCUAUCCAGGGUCCCUUCUGGGUCAGACCUUCCAACAGAAGUUGAUGAGCUAGCAUCAGAACCUGGUGUAUGUGAUGAUACACCAGUGCGAGGAGAUGAAAUGGAUGAUGAUGCAGUGCGAGGAGAUGAAAUGGAUGAUGAUGCAGGAAAGGAAACGGAUGAGAAUAUUCAGUAUACGCCAACUCCUUUUGAGGACAGCUUACCACGGUUUGCAUCUACGCAAAGCACAAGACCCAAACAAAGGAAUCUGUUGCUUGAACAAAGCCAGGAUGAAAGCUCCGCCCUGACCAAUUUGCUUGCUGAAGAACCUUUUCCCCUCAGAAGGGAGAAGGAAAAGCUGUCUAGCCAGGAGCUGCGCAAAAUGUCUUGGAAACUCUCCCGCAGGCUGGAUGAACUAGAUGCAAUGCUUAAACAUGCUUUGGGUGAGCGAAGCCGGGAGGAGUCAUUGGCUGAUGAUGAUAGACUUUCUCAGCACAGUGAUAGCGCCAUGGAUUACCGCCACAUGAAACCAGAACCAGCUUCUCCACGUCCCAGCAGAAAACCUGGCAGGCAACGGUCGCUUUCUACUUCCCCGCCUCCAGUGAGCCACCAGCGAUCAUCGGAGUGGCACAUUGCACUCCGGAAGGAUAUAAGCGGGCCAGCAGGAAGAAUGCGUGAACGCUUGCAAAAGGAACAAGAUGAGAGGAAGCUAAGAGCUCAGCUCUUGACUAAAUCCUAUGAUGCUGAAUUAAGAGCUUAUGAAGCUAGUGAACAAUUUGAACUUGCAAAGCUGAAAGCAAAGGCCAAGGAAUUGGAACACAAAUACAAGAAAGUCUUCAAAGCACCUCCGAGAACCUCACAAGCGGCGAAUAUUUAUUCUCGAAAAAAUGUACCUAGGAAUUCCAAACUCAGCCAGUGGACUUCAAGGGGAGGCUUUGCCAAGCCAAAAAAAGCAGCUCCAUUGAAGGUCAAGGAGAACGAUCUUUUGCCUCUGCUACUUGAAGACUUCCCCUACCUGCACAUUUCCCGCCCCACUAUGAACAAGAUGUGCCGGCAGCAGCUUGCACAGAUAGAACAGCUCAAAUCUCCCAACGACAGAAGCCGGUUCAAACUGCAAAGCGAAGUACUAGAAACCCUGAAGAAGCAUGACCUCCUUGUUGACCUCAUUAAGAAAGAGCAGGCUCAUAACAGAAGGCUGCAAGAGUUUAAGGAACGCAUUCAUCGGCAGAAAUGUACUCAGAAUAAAAUGAAGGAGAGACGCCAGCAAAUUGUAAGAGCCAAAAAGUACUACCAAGAUUACAGAGUUCAGCUACGGGCCAAGAUGAUGAGGGCCAGGACACGUGAGGAACGCAUAUUUAAAAACCUUUUUGAAGAAGGCUUGGAAAUUCAGAAGCAACGGCUGCAUGAACUGAGAACAUAUGCUAAGGACAAGCAAGCUGAGCAAAAGAAACAACAUCAGCAGGAACUGGAGGCCAUGGAGAGCUACUAUAAGGAUCAGUUUUCAAUGCUGGCAGAAGCUGUUUCAGAGGAACGUAAAGAAAUCCAAACCAGAGAGAGAGCACAUGCAAAAACAUUAAACAAGGUGAAACGUGAGCUGAGAUCAAAGAUGGAGAAAGAAAUUAAAGAGCUGCAGGACAUGAUCACACACAAUGAUGAUGAUUCAUUCUUCCGAGAACUGGAAGCCGAACGCUUAAAGUCCAGACUUCUGGUGGCUUCCUUUCAGUAUAGCAAAAAUUCCAAGUUCCUUUAAGUCUUGGCAUGCCUCUUAUAAAUAGUUGUGUGGUUUAUUUCUGGCAAAGAUACUUGAAAAAAAAAAUACUGAGGAGGGCCAGAACCAGAAGUGUGAAGUUAGGAGCUUGUUUUGCCACCUGAGUUCUGCUGCCCAGAAUCCAAAUGUUACCAUGUCAAGAAAAUAUUGAACUGACCUUUUCAGAAGAUUUUUUAAAAACUGUUUCCCCUUUCAAAUAAAGAUUAGAUUCCUAACAAAAUUAAGCUGUUGAAAGUGUCUCCCAGGCUAAUUUGUAUGGUCAAGUCAUUG